AUGCCUCCGUCUGUUCAUUGCACGAAUCCUUCUCUUUUCGUAGAGCUAAUUACUAGCAAAUUAAUACAUACGUUUUCAUACGAUGAUCUUGGUGAAUUGCUUAAGUCGGAUGCCAUCCGCAAACAUGUGUCUGAGUUCCAGCUACUUUUACUCAUAUCUUCAUGGCACGAAGAGCAUAUCAAUUCAGCCAACUUGCCUCAACCUGCUAAUGAUCAAACCAACUCCGGUUCUGAUUUUGACAUUGGGCAAAUAAAUGCUAAUUGCGCUAAUCUAAUCCGUAAUUGCAUUCGCUUUGAUAAAAUGAACAAAGCUAUUAUGUUUGGAUUGGUUCACUCCGGUUACGGGAGAAAUACUGGAGUUCGCCUAGAUAAGCUGACAGAAGUUGCGCGUCGGGAGGCUUUGGCCUGUUUUGCUGCCUCACAGGUUGCAGUAAGUUGUAAUUGUUUUGAUCUAAAAUUUUGUGGUGAUUCAUUGUUUAUCUAA